AUGUCGGGCGGGUCGCGCGCCUUCCUCCUGCUCACCGCGAUCCUCACACUACUCUACUCAGGAUGGUGUUCCGAAGACGAGGAGCGUCUGGUCCGCGACCUGUUCCGUGGUUACAACAAACUCAUCCGCCCAGUACAAAAUAUGACACAGAAAGUCGACGUGCGAUUCGGAUUAGCCUUCGUACAGCUUAUUAAUGUUAACGAGAAGAAUCAAAUCAUGAAAUCAAACGUAUGGCUUCGGUUAGUAUGGAUGGACUACCAGCUGAUGUGGGACGAGGCUGACUACGGCGGCAUAGGCGUGUUGCGACUGCCGCCCGAUAAGGUCUGGAAACCUGACAUUGUACUCUUCAACAACGCCGACGGUAACUAUGAGGUGCGAUACAAAUCGAACGUGUUGAUCUAUCCCAACGGUGAAGUACUAUGGGUACCUCCAGCUAUUUAUCAGAGUUCAUGCACAAUCGACGUUACAUACUUCCCCUUCGAUCAACAAACGUGCAUCAUGAAAUUCGGAUCUUGGACCUUCAACGGAGAUCAAGUAUCGCUCGCUUUAUACAACAACAAGAACUUUGUUGAUCUCUCCGACUACUGGAAGUCGGGUACUUGGGACAUAAUCGAAGUGCCAGCUUAUUUGAAUAUUUAUGAAGGGAACCACCCUACUGAAACUGAUAUUACAUUUUACAUUAUAAUCAGAAGAAAAACUUUGUUUUACACUGUCAACUUGAUCCUGCCAACAGUAUUGAUUUCCUUCCUCUGCGUUUUGGUAUUCUAUUUACCCGCCGAAGCAGGAGAAAAGGUAACGUUGGGUAUCAGCAUUCUGCUGUCGCUGGUUGUGUUCCUGCUACUGGUGUCGAAGAUCCUCCCACCGACGUCCCUUGUACUACCACUGAUAGCCAAGUACCUGCUCUUUACUUUCAUCAUGAACACCGUCAGUAUUCUAGUUACGGUCAUCAUUAUCAACUGGAAUUUUAGAGGUCCAAGAACACAUAGAAUGCCGUUAUGGAUCCGAAGUGUCUUCCUUCAUUACCUACCUACGGGUCUUCUUAUGCGUCGUCCACGUAAAACAAGACUGCGGUGGAUGAUGGAAAUGCCUGGUAUGGGCGCGCCGCCCCACGCAGCUGCCCCGCACGACCUGCCUAAACACAUCAGUGCGAUUGGUGCAAAACAAAGCAAAAUGGAGGCAAUGGAGAUGUCGGACCUUCACCACCCGAACUGCAAGAUAAACCGAGCAGCCGGCGGUGGCGAGGUCGGCGCCUUGGGAGGACUUGGCGCCCUCGGAGGUCUCGGCCUUGGAGGAGAGCGGAGGGAGUCGGAGAGCUCCGACUCGUUGCUGCUGUCACCGGAAGCAGCGAAGGCCACAGAAGCAGUAGAAUUCAUCGCAGAACAUUUACGUAAUGAAGAUCUUUACAUUCAGACACGUGAAGAUUGGAAGUACGUAGCGAUGGUGAUCGACAGGCUGCAGCUGUACAUCUUCUUCAUAGUGACGACAGCAGGUACGGUCGGCAUCCUCAUGGACGCACCACACAUCUUCGAGUACGUCGACCAGGAUCGAAUCAUAGAAAUAUAUCGAGGAAAAUAAAUCAAACCUUAGCUAUAAGUACAAACAGAAUUGCUUCAAGACGGCUUCCAUAAUACUCAUUAGAUACCUAUUUGUAUUUUUUCUUAAUAAUAGGUGA